CUGUUCCCCCCCUUUCCGCUUUGCAUUUGCGCAACUAUGAUUGCCGUUGCCACAGAUUGCCAAACCCUACUUCGUUUUACCCUCUCUGGAAAUCCUUCAAGUUUAUUGCGUGUGACCAGUCUCAUUAUUCUCUGCACUUAGAGUGUUUGUUAUGCUUUUGCAAAUCUGUCAAAAUGCAAUUCUCGUUUCCUGUUCUGGAGCGAAAGGAGAUCCUCUCCUGCUUGUCUGCCGAUGCAGGAAUCACCUUAGAGGAGCAACAUUUGGUGAAACCUUCCAUGGAAACUGUGUGGCCAGUCUACGAGAGCUUGGUGCUUAACAUUAUGGGAAUCACACGGGAGGAGUUGCAGCAGCCAGCCUUUCAUGCCAUUGAGAAGUUAGAGUAUCCUGAACUUCACGAAGAAUCUGUUGGUAUUUUAGCGUCCAUCCGCGCUAUCAGCAAGCUGAUGGCAGUCACGGGGGUUGAUGACUUUUCAACAAUGGACAUCUUCAAGCCUGAAAGCAAGCGGACAAUCACUCAUCUGAGUGCUAUUAUUAACCUGCUUAAAUUUAAGCAAGGGAAGGAAAGGGACUUGGCUGAAGUAUUGGACGAGAGAGAGCGAGCAUUCGUUCUCUAUCAGCAAUCCGAGGAGCGUCUAGCAGCGCUUAAAAAUGAGAUUGAAGCUUUAGAGGCAGAUAGACUUGCACAGCAGCCAGCUGUGCAAGCCUUAGAAGCCGAGACCAAGGUAUUGAACCAGGAGAUUCAAGCUCUUAACAAACAACAUGGAGCUCUACAGUCUGAUAUUCGUGCCUUGAAACAAGAAGGUCAAGCUGUCGCAGAAGAGAUUUCGGCAGAGAAAUACUCCCUUAUCCAGCAGAAGGAGGAACAAGAACGAUUGAAGAGUCAAAUUGUUCAGUCUCCGCAAAAGUUACAGAGGUCACUGGCCGAAAAGAAAGCUGCCCUGAUAAGCACUAAAGCCUCAGCUGAGGAGGCUCAGCAGUUGCUUAAUUCCUUCAAGGGCAAACUUGAAGCGUACAACAAGGUUGAAAAGAAACUGAAGAAACUCUUCGGUAUGCUAGAUGAAGUUGAAAAACUGUGGGUUAAGCAAAAAGCUACGAUUAAGGAGAAAAAGGCGUUUAAAGCUCAAGUUAAAUCAAUUGAAGAAGAAAUUGAAUCUCUGGAUACGGAGCUAUCUCAGCUGAAGUUCCAAGAGCAACACUGGUUAGAACUGACGGAGAAAUUGGAGCAGCAGGGACCUAAAAAGCUGCAGGAAGCGAAGAGAGAACUUGAAGAUACCGAGGCUAAUUGUUUACCGGUACUUGCUCGAAUAGAAGAGCGUGGUGCCGCCAAUCUAAAAGCAGAAGCACAGGUGAAAGAGAUCAGAGAGAAGUUGGAAGCUAUGACCAGGAAGAAAGAGAACAUAAUCGCUCGGGGUGAGGCAGCUGUUCAGAAAGUCAUGAAAGAGACGCUGCAUCACUAUCGUACACUUCUUGAAGUAGGCCCUGCAGCACUUGCUGCUCUACCUAAUUCGAGACUAAACAGAGGAUUACAGUAGUUCUGAUGACAAGUUGAAGCGGAAGGCCCUUUUUCUCUUUCGUUAAUUUUUGGGAAAAUGCCCUCACAGCACUCUUCAGCAUUAUUGCUUGAUGGUAGUAACGCAGUAACGCUUCGUUGCUUGCAAACCGCCGCCUAGUUGUGCCAGUUCGGAUGUGAAUCUUUAAAAAUUGUACAGUAUGUUUAAUUUUCGAAAAUGAAAUCAUAGGUUAUCUUACAGUCGUACUUUGGUAUUGUGUAGAGUGACUUAGGCAACCCUAAAUCCCUGUAUUGUAGCAACUUCACAUGAAUAAAUUUGUUGGUUGUAAAGACUGGGCUACCUUGGCCUUGCUCACA